CCGUGAGUCAGUGCCCAGUAAACAUUGGCGUGAGCCGCGCCGGCUCCGCCAUGGUGGCGGCACCGUGAGGGCGGCGGGGCGGGCCGGGAGUGGGGGCGAGGGGCCGGCGCCAUGGACGAGCUCAAGCACCAGGUGAUGAUCAACCAGUUCGUGCUGGCGGCCGGCUGCGCCGCCGACCAGGCCAAGCAGCUGCUGCAGGCGGCGCAUUGGCAGUUCGAGACUGCUCUCAGCGCUUUUUUCCAAGAAACAAACAUCCCUUACAGCCACCACCAUCAGAUGAUGUGCACUCCCGCCAACACGCCAGCCACGCCGCCCAACUUCCCCGACGCCCUCACCAUGUUCUCCCGCCUCAAGGCCUCUGAGAGCUUCAACAGCAGCAGCCCCGUGGCCUCCAUGGCAACUUCUCCACCGCCUCCGGCCCCGCCGCUGCCCCAGCACGGGGCUUUCAACCCUGCUUGGCCCACGGCUUCCCCUCCCGGCCAGCAGCAGAGCAUGUGGACUCCGGCCCCGCCGGCGCAGCCCGCAGGCUGGCCAGCCGCCGUCUCCCAGCAGGCCACGGCAGAACAGAAGGCCAACGUGACCAUGGAGGCAGAGAGAUGAGCCCGUGGUGGAGAGCAAACGCGGCGGGGACCCCUGCGGAUGAAUAUAUAUAUAUAUAUAUAUAUUUUUCCCCCCUCCCCAAAGAGGAGAGGAACUUUGCUGCCAGGGCAUCUGGCAGCCACCGAGACACAUGAGUAAAUAGCUGCCUUGCAUGGGUUUGGUUUGAAGUAGUUUUUACUUGUCUUCGAGCUGAAGGGAGCUUCCCAGAGACAGCAGGAGGCUGCGUGGGACAUGGGACCGGUGCUGGCCUCUGCCUGGGACGCCACCGCUGCCGGGUUCUCGGGGAGGGAGCACCCCCUCCUCUCCUGGGACACCGGAAUUUGCAUGCAAGUGACAUUUAUGGAGGAGGUCCCUUCUUCACAGUCCCUGGGCCACCCCAUCAGGCAGGGUGGGUUGUGCCUGUGUCUUUCCCCCCCCUCCCCAUCCCUCAGCCCCUCUCCACCGUUUUUUGGGCAGAAACCCCACACGGCUUGUUUUUGUAAGGGGGGGGGAGAAAGCAAGGACUGUUCCAGCUCGGCCACAGCCUUCACCCCACACGAGCUGUCUAUUGUGCAGGGCUGGGGGACGCCGGCUCCUGGGAAGGUGCCUCACCGGGGCUGGGUCUGGAUGGGGAGCUCGGGGUGGCCGAUCAGGGCCAGCACACCCUCCCCUCGCCCUCCUGAGAUGGGGUUUGCUCCGGGGCUGUUUGCAUGACACAGUGUAACCCUAGAGACUGGGAUCGUUUUUAACCCCUCUGUUCUUUUCUCCCGGCGGCUGGAAGUCUCUCUGGACGUGCCGCAGCCGCUUGCAAUACACGCUUUUCUGCUUUGAA